AUGAGCUCGUUGUAUUUGUGCUCCGAAUGCUCGUCGUCUUUCGCUAGUCAUGAGCAAUUGUGUCAGCAUACCGCUGAAAAACAUGACGUGGCAGUCGAUGUGGUUGAAGAUGAAGAGGCCGAUAAUUGUACGGUAGGUUUUGAGGGGGUCAGCUCUAAUUUAUCUCCCGAAAAUUGUAGAGAAAAAAUCUAGAACAAAGCCUUUGAGGCUUAUUUGAGCACAAUUUUUAGGACCCUCUUCAAGCCUAUUCAAUUUCUUCUAGUCCAUAAUUUCAAGCUUGAAAAUAGUUCCAGCCUAGACUCUUGUUUAGACCUAAACUGGACAAAAAAUGUGCCCUGUUUUUUUAUUAUUAAAAAAAUUUGUUGACUUAUGCUUCAUCCAUUAUAAACCUUUGAGGUUUUCCAGAAGCCCUAGACUUUUCUAGGCUAAAACUCAGGAUUUUUUUUGUUCAAUUUUAGCGGGCUCUCAGCUCUGAAACCAUGAAUUUAAAGUUCCAAAUACUUCAGCUUUAGUUUCAAUUCCAAUGAAUAAUUUCCAAGAGUUCUAGAAUCUUCUAGCUCAAAAAUAGAGAUUUUCUGGCUCCCGAGCUCCAAAAGCUUCCAUGUUUUUGCCUAUGUGAAAAUCGGCGAUGGUGAUCAUUUAUUUUUCCCUGGCACCACCCGGUGGAUCAUCGCGCACACACAUACACAUACACAUUUAUUACACUAAAAUCCCAAUGUGCAUAUUCUUCUUUUUUUUCUUGGCUCUGCCAUGCCACACUCACACACAAUAACUUUCUCGUUUUUCUUGGUAUUUGGCAGAUGUGUGUUAGAUUUUCUGAUUUGGGAUUUCUGGAGCGCUGACAUUUGAGCUCGGAAAAUUCUUUGAAUUCACAAUUUAUUUUUUUUUUUUAGUUUCAAGUUUCAGAAAAUCCCGAUCUCAGAGCUCAAAAAUUCCAGAAAUAGAAAUUGCCACGUUACAUUUUCAAAAUUUUAACUGAAAAAUCUAAAGUAGAUUUUCUACGUGGCUAUUUUUGAACACGAAAAUUCUGAAAACUUUUGUUCUUUUUUUUUUGGAAUUUUCAAAUGAAAUUCUAGAUUUUCCAAAUUUUUGCCACGUGGAUUUUUGGUUAGCAUUUUUUGAAAAAAAAAAACUUCAAGACAAUUUUGAACAUUUGCCACGUGACUUUUAUUUCUAGAAAAUUUCAGAUUUUAGAAUCUUGAAAGUUCAGAAUUUCACUUGAAUUUUCAAUUUUUGCCACGUGGAUUUUCUGACAUCAUUUUCCUUCCAAAAAUCCAGGUUUCAUCAUAAAAUUUUUGCUCAUACACACUCACCAAGUAGGCUUUUUAAAAGACGAAAAAAAACGGCGGCGGCUUUUUUUCAUCACAAAAUUUUGUCUCACUUUUUUUGCGUGUUGUAAUAGUACUGUUUUCGUACCAUGCCGUGCUUUUUUCUAUUUUGAUUUGGGCCGAAAAAUCCUCUACCACUAAAACUUGUGAAUUUUCAACCAACAAGCAACAUUUUUCCAGGAAAUCGACAUGAAAAUGGAAGAUGAUCCAAUUUCGGACACCGAAUCCACAGUAUCUAGGAGUCUCAAAAAUCCGGCUGGCGGAUAUGAAUGUGAAGAAUGUCAUGAGAUGUUUACUGUCAAAAGGGAGUUGGCUACACAUCAACGAAUUCAUAGUGGAGAAAUGCCGCAUAUGGUGAGUGAUAUUAUGAAUUCAAUAGAAAAAAACCAUGAAAAAAAACACUAUUUAUCAGAAGCAAAAAAUAA